GGGCUGGCUCGUGGCCCGGCAGCGGCGCGAUGAGUGGGGGCCGCGCGGCGCCGGGGGCCGCGGGCGACGCCGCGGCCAGGGGUCUGCGGGUAGACGGGCUGCCCCCGCUGCCCAAGAGCCUGAGCGGGCUGCUGCACUCGGCGUCGGGCGGCGGCGCGUCUGGGGGCUGGCGGCACCUGGAGCGGCUGUACGCGCAGAAGUCGCGCAUCCAGGACGAGCUGAGCCGCGGGGGCGCGGGCGGCGGCGGGGCCCGGGCGGCAGGGCUGCCCGCCAAGCCUCCCAACCUGGACGCCGCGCUGGCGCUGCUCCGCAAGGAGAUGGUUGGUCUCCGCCAGCUGGACAUGUCCUUGCUCUGCCAACUGUACAGCCUUUACGAGUCGAUUCAGGAGUACAAGGGGGCGUGCCAGGCAGCUUCCAGCCCAGACUGCUCUUAUGCCCUGGAGAAUGGCUUCUUCGAUGAAGAGGAAGAAUAUUUCCAGGAGCAGAACUCCCUGCGUGACAGGAGGGACCAAGGCCCUCCUCGGGACUUGUCACUGCCUGCCUCCUCCCUCUCCAGCAGUGACUGGAUUCUGGAGUCCAUCUAGAGCGUCUUGGGAGGGGAUGUGACUGUUGAGAAGCCCUUCCUAUCGGACACGCUGUCAGCAUUUGCUGCUUCUCUUCCAAGAAAGCACCUCCAUUGCGGAUGGUCCUCGGGCACAGGGGAUGAGCGCUACUAGUUUCAUUCGUAGGCAGGGAGUUCUCUGCGGACACAUGGUGGUAAUCCAGUUUGAUGGCUGCAGUUCCUGCUUAGGUGACCUAGAGGUCCUCAGCAGCAUCCUCUACACAUUUAUGUUGAGAUGUACCUGCUGGGGAUUCAUAAUGAGAAUGUAACAAGCAGAUCUCGGUGGAAGGCCUGAGUGGGUGUUUUGUGUGAGGUGGCUUGUAGCCAGCCACUUUCUUACAGAUGGCAGAGCAUUCAAACCGCCUUUGUGUUAGGGUUCCUGCUUCCAGUUUGGGAUGUAUUAAAACCACCAUUUCAUUGCUUCCCUUCCUCUUUAUGGUCUGCAGCUUUUCUUGCUGUUUAAUGAGCAUUUAAGCCUCCUGGUUCAGCUUUAUUUAUUUGUAAGCUGCGUUACUAACUGCCCAGUGAUUUGGUGAAAGCUUUUUUACGGAAAAAGUUAACAUUUCUAGUCAUCUCAAUCAACUGGCUUUUCUCAACCAAAAAUUUGUGUCAUUCUUUGUCUAUCAGAUACAGAAGGAAGGAAGAUAAUACGAAGACAUGUUGAAGAGUGAAAAAAAAUAACUGGGGCAAGCGAGUGUUCUGUAUCGCUCACUGUAAGAUGCCAAAUGUUUCCGUUUUUAAGAUUCUGAAUGUAAACCAGUGUGCUAGAAAGCUAACCACCCUCCACGCAAACCAGUAAUUACCUUAAGCCUUAAUAUAUUUAUUAAAAUACUUUAUGAGAACAUUACACUUUGUAGGUUAAAAAUGAGGAUAAAAUGCAAAACUGUC